AUGAACGUUGUAGUUUUUGGAGGUGGUACGGCAGCAAACUAUUUGGUACCCUGUUUUAAUGAACUCGGCGGCAGGGUGGCGUACGUGCUACCUAUUUCUGAUAACGGUGGGUCGACGUCAGAGAUCCUGAGAGUUAUUGGUGGCCCAGCAAUUGGAGACAUACGGUCUCGUAUUGUGAGGGUCAUAGACGAUCAGCAUGUCGUUCAGGUUCUCUCUUAUCGUCUUCCAGAUGAUAGCAAGGCUGCUAAAGCGGAGUGGACUGACGUGGUAGAAGGAGGCCACAAACUCUGGGCCGGUGUGCCAGCCCCUCUACGAGAGUGUAUUAGACCAUUUUUGGCACAUAUACAAUCUGAAUUAUUGAAGCGAAGCAAGAUCUCCAAACCGUUUCAGUUUGCAAAGGCCUCAAUUGGAAACCUAUUCUUGACUGGUGCAAGAUUAUUCCUUGGGUCUUUGGAUGCUGCAAUUGAGUUAAUGCUUCGCAUAGGACGGAGUGACAAGUCGAUUACAGUGAUCCCGUGUAUAAACUCUAAUCACAUGUAUCACAUAUCUGCUUUGUUAGAGAAUGGUAUGGUUAUCACAGGCCAGUCUCAGAUCUCGCAUCCAUCGGUAUCCAGCUCGAGAUAUCCCACACAGUUAAACAAUUGCGGAGAAAAAAGUCCUCGGUGGAAUAACAUUAGCCCCUUGUCAACCUCGUAUAUUCUGGAAGAAGAAGAAGAGGACGCAACGCCAUUCUACAUUCAUCCGGAUUUGAAAACAUCGCAACUAUAUUUUGAAAAAAUGCUAGACGAGCAGCCUUUGUCAGCACCCGUGCAGCGGGUAUUCUACAUCAAUCCCUAUGGUGAGGAAAUUUUCCCUUCUGCCAACUCAAGAGUAAUCCAGCAUUUGAAGAAAUGCGACAUGCUAGUGUAUUCUGUUGGUUCACUAAUAACUAGCUUGAUGCCCAUGGUAAUACUUGGAAAUGUGGCUGAGGUCAUUGUAGAAACCAAGAUGAAGAAAGUUUUGCUUAUAAACAGUACGUAUGACCGUGAAACGUUUGGUAUCUCGGGAUUAAGAUAUGUAAAUAUGAUGAUUGAGGCCAUGGAGGUGGCUGCAACAAGAUACAAGAAAUCAAUGGGUAAAAUGGAUCACAUGAGGUGGCCUGCUACGGCUUAUAUUACGGAUAUCGUGUGCACCAAGGGAGGCCAAAUUCAAAUAGAACAAAAGGUUUUAGAGCGGAAGGGUAUAAGGUUUCAUAAUGUGGAAGGUGAGGUUUUUGAGAACACCGAAUUAUCACAAAUUUUGUCUAAGAUUUAA